GGGCGCCUCUCGGUGCUCCUGUCCCCCUCCGUCUGCAUUGGGGCACCACUGGAAGAGACUGUAGGAAGCAUUAGUGAAUUAACAGGGCAGAGGUCACCGGACCAACACCCCAAUAUCAACCCCCACCCCCUGCCACCAGCGCCAUGUCUGCCAUCGGAGCCUCCCACAGGCGCCUCCCCCAAUGAGGUACCUGCUACCCCCUCCCAGCCAGAUGCCUCAGAGGGCCGUCUUGGGCUGCCCGUGGGAGUGUCCACGAGGGUAGGCCACCUGUCUUAGGCUCUACUGAGUGCACCUGACAACUCCGGGGGCGGGGGUAGGCCCUGUACCCACACCCACUUAGUGUCUGGGGAGGGUGGCUCUCCCACCUGGGUACUUCUCGCCCAACCCCUCAUGGCUGAGGGAAGGCUCUGAUGCCCAGAGAGGGGAAGUCCCUUCACCUCGAAGCGGUGGUCUCAGGUUGGGGCCUAGAAUCCAGGCGUGGGGACCGCGAUGCGGCCCUGUCCUGUGCGCAUCUUGCUGCUCGCAGGCGGCCUCAGCUGAGCUCAGGUGCGCGGGGGCAGGCCGCAGGGGCUGGGGAGCUCCCCUUCUAGGGAGCCGCGGGGCCACGCCCUGGCCCCCACCCCCGGGGCGGGCUCUCCUGGGCGGCGCGGGGCGGGCCCUGCGGGCGCUGGGCUGGGCGCACACCGCGGCGGGCAGUGCGGGGCGGGGCGGGCGCAGCGGGCCAGCCCCCGGCCGGCGCACGCCCGUCGGAGGGCCCAGCGCGGCGUUGAGGGCCAUGGAACCGUGGCCGGGGGGCUGCACAGCAGCGGUGGCUGCGGCUCUCCUCCUCGUGCUGCUGGGUGCCCGGGGCCAGGGCAACAUUCCCAGCCCCAGGUGUGACUGUGCCCACAACUUACAGAAGAGGAAUGGUCUGUUCUGUUGCAGGGGCUGUCCAGCAGGGCACUACCUGAAGGCCGCUUGUACAAAGCCUUGUGGCGACCCCACCUGCCUUCCAUGCCCCCAGGGCACCUUCCUGGCUAGGGAGAACCACCAUGAGACCCGCUGUACCCGCUGCCAGGCCUGUGAUGAGCAGGCCCCCCCGGUGGCCCUGAAGAACUGCUCAGCAGUGGCAGACACCCUCUGUGGCUGCGAGCCAGGCUCGUUCGUGGAGUGCUUGGUCAGGCACUGCCCUGACGGCUCACGCUUCCGCUGCCUUCCAUGCCCAGACUGUGGGGCCCUGCACCGCCACGCGCGGGUGCCCUGUUCUGGCAGAGACAUCGGCUGUGGGACCUGCCUGCCUGGCUUCUAUGAAUAUGGCAACAGCUGCGUGUCCUGCCCCACGAGCACCCUUGGGAGCUGUCCUGAGCCCUGUGCGGCUGUCUGUGGCUGGAGACAGAUGUUCUGGGUCCAGGUGCUCCUGGCAGGCCUGGUGGUCCCACUCCUGCUUGGGGCCACUCUGACCUACACAUACCGCCGCUGCCAGCCUUGCAAGCCCAUGGUUCCCGAGGAAGCUGGGAUGGAGGCCCUGAGCCCUCUACAGGUCACCCACCUCACACCCACAGACGGCACCCACGCCCUUCUGGUGCCACCCAACAACAGUGAGGUCUGCGCCGUCCAGUUGGUAGGCAACAGCUGGACACCUGGCUCCCCUCAGACCCAGAAGGCGCCCUGCCCAGAGGUGACAUGGCCCUGGGACCAGCUGCCCAGCAGAGCUCUUGGCCCUCUGCCGCCGCCCACGCCGUCGCAAGAGCCCCCUGCAGCCUCCUGGACCGCCAUGCUCCAGCCGGGGCCGCAGCUCUACGACGUCAUGGACGCGGUGCCUGCGCGGCGUUGGAAGGAGUUCGUGCGCACGCUGGGGCUGCGCGAGGCGGAGAUCGAGGCCGUGGAGGUGGAGGUCGGCCGCUUCCGCGACCAGCAGUACGAGAUGCUCAAGCGCUGGCGCCAGCAGCAGCCCGCCGGUUUGGGCGCCAUCUACGCGGCCCUGGAGCGCAUGGGGCUGGACGGCUGUGCCGAGGACCUGCGCAGUCGCCUGCAGCGUGGCCCGUGACGCGGGGGCCCGCCCGCCAUCUCUGGGCUCUGGUGGCCCUUGCAGAAGCCCUAAGUACGGUUACUUAUGCGUGUAGACAUUUUAUGUCACUUAUUAAGCCCCUGGCGCCGACCUGUGUAGCAGCGCCAGCCGGCCUCAGCUCUGGUGCCCCCAGGGUGCCAGUUAAGGCAAAGAAGCCUCAACGAGUAUCGGGAGGGUGUCAAGAGAUUGCCCAGCUGUUUGUUGGGCUGAGUUUGGUUGAGCCCUCGGUAUUAAACCUAUG